CAGCCCUCGGAGCUGUUCGGUCAAGUUCGGCUCCGUUCGGUUUAUUUUCAUCUCCGCCUCCAGCUGAGCAGAGCGACAAGAAGUUCGGACACCGAGGAGCCCAGAGCUGCCGCGGAGCCGAACCGAACCAGGAACUGGACCUGGACCACAGCGACACCACGGCGCAACAGGGACCAGCGCGGUGAGCGGACCGGGACCGGGACCGGAACGGAAUCGAAGACGGCAUCAUUCCUCUCCAGAAGUCAGGGAGGUUCGGGUCGGACAGGCGGCGGUUCGGGGCAGCAGAACCGUGUCAAAGUAGACCGCCGGCGGCUGCAGGCAGCACCAUGUACCAAGUCCAGGAGAGCCGCCCCCUGCUGAGCCCCUCCAUCGAUGACUUCCUGGCAGAGAGCCGCAGCGAAGCUGCCUCCGGACGACCCCCGACCUCCAACCCCGCAGUUCUGUCCACGGCUCUGGACCUGGUGGACCUGAGCGACCCGGCAGAGACCCGGCACCACCGGGUCACCAAGAGUCCAGUGAGGAGGACGACCGGGUCCAGGAGCCCCCGGCACAGAACCAGAACCGAAGAGACGGAGCUGGUCCCGGUCCAGCUGGAGCGCCGGCCUGCCGGACCCGGAACCCCCGACAGGACAUCCCUGGACUCGGUCAGCCUGUCCUCUCCUCUGGACAAGUGGGAGGAGUUGGACCUGGACCUGGAGGACGGGGGACGACGCAGACGCCGCCAGGCCAGAUGCACCUCCCACCACUCCUCCAGCGAGUUGCUAUGGUCUGCAGAGUUUAGGACAGAUCCUCUGAUGAAGAGCAGCUUGGACGAUCUGGACUUCAUAUCUCUGAACCAGGACAGCAGCGUGUCCAGACUCCGCAGACGGACCCGCUCUCUGCUGGGCAGGAACGAGUCCCUGGAGGACGAGUUCGUCCGCGCGAAGGCGGCUGUAGAGUCGGACACAGAGUUCUGGGACAAGAUGCAGGCGGAGUGGGAGGAGCUUGCUCGCAGGAACUGGUUGGAGGAGACGGAGAGCCAGCAGAAGCCGGCCCCGCCCCCCGGCUCACCUGUGGAGAAGGGUUACUACUUCAGCGCCACCAACCCGUACCUUGACUGGCCCAACGCCUUCGCUGAGGGUCAGGAUAAAGCUAGAGAGGGAGACCUGAACGCUGCCGUCCUGCUGCUGGAGGCCGCCAUCUUACAGGACCCCAGUGACGCCAAGGCGUGGCAGACGCUGGGGACGACUCAGGCCGAGAACGAGAACGAACAGGCCGCCAUCGCCUCGCUGCAGAGGUGUCUGGAGCUCCGCCCCAACAACCUGCCGGCCCUCAUGGCGCUCGCUGCCAGCCUCACCAACAGCAGCCAGCUGCCGGAGGCCUGCGACGCUCUGCGCCGCUGGAUCGGCCACAACCACAGAUACCGACACCUGGUCCAGAGCAGGAGUCCGCUACAGGGUUCCCCAGCCACACCACGCAGGGGCCCCGGCUGCUCCACACCUGCAAGCUCCGCGCUGCAGGAAGUUCUGCUGCUCUUCCAGGAAGCGGCGCAGCUGAACGUGGAUAACGUGGAUCCGGACCUGCAGACCGGACUCGGAGUUCUGUACAACCUGAGCUCAGAGUUUGAUCGGGCGGUGGAGGCGUUCAGCGCUGCGCUGUCCGUCAGACCGCAGGACUACCUGCUGUGGAACCGGCUGGGAGCGACGCUGGCUAACGGCAGCCGCAGCGCCGAGGCGGUGGAGGCGUACGGCCGCGCGCUGCAGCUGCGGCCCGGCUUCAUCCGCUCCCGAUACAACCUGGGCAUCAGCUGCAUCAACCUGGGCUCGCUCAGGGAGGCUGUCAGUAACUUCGUCACGGCUCUGAACCAGCAGAGGUGCAGCCAGCGCUGCAGCCAGCUGCAGAUGUCCACCAACAUCUGGGCCGCCCUGCGGAUCGCCGUCUCCAUGAUGGACGACCCCGGGCUGGACCGGGCCGCCAGCCUGGGGGACCUGGACCUGCUGACCAGAACCCUGGAGGGCAGAGACCUGUGAUCGGGUCAGAGGUCACAGGAGGAGGUGGAGAACGCUGCUGCACCUGAAGCACAACCCUUUAACCUGGAGAACCUUCUGCUGGAGCUCCGCCCCUUGACCUCUGACCUGUCAGCAGAGCAAUUUUCUCUCCUUCUGUAUCUAAAUGUCAGAGGAAGUUCUGCGCCUCUGGCCUGACCUCUGACCUGUCAGCAGAGCAAUUUUCUCUCCUUCUGUAUCUAAAUGUCAGAGGAAGUUCUGCGCCUCUGGCCUGACCUCUGACCCGUCAGCAGCUGCAGCUCCUAGCUGAACGGAUUGUAGCGCAGACGCAGGAUCAGAACAAAGAAGAGUUUGUAUUAAUAGCAGCGGUGUUCAGUACGGAGGCCUGUAGAGGACAUGGGGAUUUUUUUUUUUGCGUUCCCUGGCAGUGACGUCCUGAUCAGUUCAUGUGUUAUGACUGAACACUUUCUCACGGCCAUCUUGCUUUCUGCUAUAAUCUGAGGCUUUCAUGAGGUUUUUCCAUAGAUGUUAAAAUCUCAAUGGGAAAUAUCUGAAGUUUUAUAUCUUUUUCUUUAAGAUAGAAAUUAACCACAAACCUCUGAUAUAAACAGAAACUUUCCAUAAGAAGGAAAGAAAUAAAAAAUACAUAAAAACUAUUUGGACUAUUUCUGAGUUAUUAUUAUAGAGUUCAGUGUCUUGUUGCUCUGAACGGUCAACGUUUCCAUCCCAGCCGACACCAACAGACAUAAACAUGGACUGAACCAUUUCCAAUCAGAGUUAAGGAUACACACCUUUUCAGCAAGGCUCUUUAUUUGAAACUUUAAAUUUUAAAUUGACAUUUGUGGCUGAAAACCACAAAGACCAGCAAAUGUUGCAGGAAGCUUUCUGUGAGGGAAACUUUUCCCCAUGACCCCCAGAGGCCUCCGUAGUUUAAUCAAUAUUUAUUAAUGCUUGAAUAUUAACGUCCGUAUGAGCUGCAGAGCCGAGUCAGUAGGUUUUACUGAGUCACCAAAAUAAAAGCUCAGGUGAGAACAAAGGGGGCGGGGCCUAAACUGCAGGUCAAAUACAUAAAUAAUACUCAGUGAAACUAUUUAAGUUAUUUGUGAAUAAAUAUGAUCCAUCAGUAUUUCUCCUCAGGGAGUCGGAGGGUCUGAUCUGAGCUGCUCUGUGUUUUACGUUCUGACUCAUCAUAUUCAUACAUAUUCAUAUCUAAAGAGUCGUUUUAAUCAGUGAUAACGAGGCUUUUUAAUAAACUCAUAGCUGAACCCGGAGGUCAGAGGUCAACCAUCUCUCCAUACAGACACAGAUAUUUGGCACCCAAAACUAAACUAGGAAACCAGUUUGGUUCCUGUUGCCAAGUUUCCGAAAUUUAAUUUAGCAAAGUUUUAUCAUUUCUUAUUCCUUUAAAUGUAAUUUCCAUUUUGUCCUAAUGAGGGCGCUGUAUUCCAGCCUGUGCCCUUAUUUGAUUGUUUUUAUGGUUUUUAAUAAGUUAGUGUUGAGCACUGUUGCACUUUUAAUCCUGUUUUAUUCAUUUUUAUUGUGUUUAAGUCACUUCACACAUAAAUCCUAUUAAUCGAUAUUAAAGACAAUAAUCAGU